GCCCGGAAGCUCAUCAGUGACUUUGCCAUUAUCUUGUCCAUUUUGAUUUUCUGUGGAAUAGAUGCCCUGGUAGGUGUGGAUACACCGAAACUAAUUGUGCCAAGUGAAUUUAAGCCAACCAGUCCCGAGAGGGGUUGGUUUAUCCCACCUUUUGGAGGGAACCCGUGGUGGGUGUACCUGGCAGCAGCCAUCCCCGCGCUGCUGGUGACCAUCCUCAUCUUCAUGGACCAGCAGAUCACAGCUGUCAUCGUCAACAGGAAGGAGCACAAGCUGAAGAAAGGUGCUGGAUAUCAUCUGGAUUUGUUCUGGGUGGCCAUUCUGAUGAUCGUGUGCUCCUUCAUGGGUCUGCCCUGGUAUGUUGCUGCUACCGUCAUCUCCAUUGCUCAUAUUGACAGCUUGAAGAUGGAGACGGAAACUUCAGCCCCGGGAGAACAGCCCAAGUUUUUGGGAGUGAGGGAGCAGAGAGUCACUGGGGUCAUCGUUUUCAUUCUGACCGGUGUGUCUGUCUUUAUGGCUCCCAUCCUGAAGUUCAUCCCCAUGCCUGUGCUCUACGGUGUCUUCCUCUACAUGGGCGUCGCUUCGCUCAACGGUGUGCAGUUCAUGGAUCGUCUGAAGCUACUCUUGAUGCCUCUAAAACACCAGCCGGACUUCAUCUACCUGCGGCACGUCCCUCUGCGCAGGGUCCAUCUCUUCACCUUCCUGCAGGUGGUGUGCCUGGCCCUCCUCUGGAUCCUCAAGUCCACUGUGGCUGCUAUCAUAUUCCCUGUCAUGAUCCUGGCACUCGUAGCAGUCAGAAAAGCCAUGGACUACCUCUUCUCCCAGCAUGACUUAAGCUUUCUUGAUGACGUCAUUCCAGAAAAGGACAAGAAAAAGAAAGAGGACGAGAAGAAAAAGAAAAAGAAGAAGGGCAGUAUGGACAGUGACAAUGAUGAUUCCGACUGCCCCUACUCAGAAAAAGUCCCAAGUAUUAAAAUACCAAUGGACAUCAUGGAGCAGGAACCUUUCCUAAGUGAUAGCAAACCUGCUGACAGUGAGUAG